AACGGACCAACGACACUGGAAAUCCGACAACCAAUCAGAGCGUAAGGAUGUGUAGCGAGCAUCUUUUUUUCAGGGUCGGUCAACGCCAUGCCUGACCCAGUGGAAUUGUUCAACGGGGCUUUGGAGGCGAACUUUCAGAUAGGGAGCUCAGCUUGGUUAGCGGACCCCAGCUGCCUGGUUCCGAGAGCGGCGUCGCUGAUUGGAGGGGCUCGGGAGAAGGCGAUGGGCGCAGCCAAUCCGGACCGGCCUCCGCCGCUUUCCUUCCCGCCCCCGGGCUUCCAGGGGAGUUGGCAUCCGAGCCGGGCACAGCUGUCAGCCUGAGCUCUCCUGGGGCCAGAGGCAGGAGGCCGGGGCUGCAGUCGCCAGCGAACAGGCCAUGGCCUCCUCCGGGCUGGCCCAGCCCCCCUCCGAGGACUCUCCCUGGCCUCUGAGCCUACUGCACGCGUCCCCGGGGCUGCUGCGGCUGGACCCCACCGGCGGCGCGCUGCUGCUGCUCGUCCUCGCCGCGCUGCUGGGCUGGAACUGGCUGUGGCGGCGCCCGGAGCCGGGCAUCCCCCCGGGGCCCACGCCCUGGCCGGUGGUGGGUAACUUCGGUUUCGUGCUGCUGCCGCCUUUCCUCCGACGGAAGAGCUGGCCUUAUGGCCGGGCGAAGACCAAUCCCUUAAAUACCUCGGGCCUGAGCGCACAGUUGCUCCUGGCUGAGCUGGCCCACGUGUAUGGCAACAUUUACAGCUUCUUCAUCGGCCACUACCUGGUGGUGGUCCUCAACGACUUCCACAGCGUGCGCGAGGCGCUGGUGCAGCAGGCCGAGGUCUUCAGCGACCGUCCGCGGAUGCCGCUCAGCUACAUCCUGACCAAGGGGAAGGGGAUUGUAUUCGCCCAUUAUGGUCCAGUCUGGAGACAACAGAGGAAGUUCUCUCAUUCAACUCUUCGUCAUUUUGGCUUGGGAAAGCUUAGCUUGGAGCCCAAGAUCAUUGAAGAGUUCAGAUUUGUGAAAGAGGAAAUGCAAAAGCAUGGAGAGGACCCCUUCAAUCCUUUCCCCAUUGUCAACAAUGCCGUCUCCAACAUCAUUUGCUCUCUGUGCUUUGGCCAGCGCUUUGAUUACACCAAUAGCGAGUUUAAGAAAAUGCUGAAUUUCAUGUCACGAGGCUUAGAAAUCUGUCUGAACACCCAGCUCCUCCUGGUCAACAUAUGCUCCUGGCUUUAUUACCUUCCUUUUGGACCCUUUAAGGAACUAAGACAGAUUGAAAAGGAUAUAACCACUUUCCUUAAAAAAAUCAUCAAAGACCAUCGAGAGUCUCUGGAUGUAGUGAACCCUCAGGAUUUCAUAGACAUGUAUCUUCUCCACGUGGAGGAGGAGAGGAAAAAUAAUGGCAAUAGUAGUUUUGAUGAAGAUUACUUAUUUUAUAUCAUUGGAGAUCUCUUCAUUGCUGGGACUGAUACCACAACCAACUCUUUGCUUUGGUGCCUUCUGUAUAUGUCACUCAACCCUGACGUACAAGAAAAGGUUCAUGAAGAAAUCGAAAGGGUCAUUGGUGCUGACCGCGCCCCGUCCCUCACUGACAAGGCGCAGAUGCCUUACACAGAAGCCACCCUCAUGGAGGUGCAGAGGCUGAGCGUGGUGGUGCCGCUGUCUAUUCCUCACAUGACCUCAGAGAAAACAGUGCUCCAAGGGUAUACCAUCCCAAAAGGCACGAUAAUAUUACCCAACUUGUGGUCAGUACACAGAGACCCAGCCAUUUGGGAGAAACCAGAUGAUUUCUACCCUGAUCGAUUUCUGGAUGAUCAAGGACAGCUUAUUAAAAAGGAAUCAUUUAUUCCUUUUGGGAUAGGGAAACGGGUGUGUAUGGGAGAGCAGCUGGCGAAGAUGGAGAUAUUCCUGAUGUUCGUGAGCCUGAUGCAGAGUUUCACGUUUGCUUUGCCCAAGGACUCCAAGCCGAACCUGACCGGAAAAUAUGGUCUCACCUUAGCCCCACAUCCAUUUAAUAUCAUCGCUUCAAAGAGAUAAAGAACAUCUCCUUGAAGAGAUGGUGCCCAGAAUGUAAAUACAUGUCCUUCUAAACAGAUUUUCCUCCUGGAAUUGACAGCGGAUCCAGCAGCACUGUGGGUCCAGCUUAGGCUCAGAGCAGAGAGAGGUUGGAAAGAGGGCAGAGCGCGGGGACCUUGCAUCGUCACGGAGGCUCCUCAGCAGGACCCUUAGGCCAUCUCAGUAAUGCACGUGACCUUGGGGAUGGGGACCAAGGCACGGGAUGGGGAAGCAGGGGAUCUGGAUGCUAUUCCCCGUGGCCUCCAGCCGUGAGCAUCUCUUCUCAUCCCUCAGUGUCUCAAUCAUUCCACAUGUAAAGUAAGGGUAACAAAACAUGCCUUCUCUAUCUCAGCACGAACGAAGGUCGAAUGCCCUAUAUCAUUACUGCCAUCCCCAAAACACCGUUACGUUCUGGAGGACAAAUUCAGGAGGAGAAGGAAGACCUACCUGUGUAAGACCCAUGACAAUGCGAAAAUGGUGUUCAGACUCGAAUGCUUCAUCAGAGAGGGAUUCGGGUUUAGUUGACAGUGAGCAAGAGCUUUUAUUGAUACAGAUCUUAUGUCCCUUCUGGUGGGAGGGCUCGUUUUCUUAUCAGUAUCUUUUUGUUAAAGAUAACAUUUUAGUUUGCACUUUUUGUAGACAAUGGAGUGAAGCGGACCCUUGUUCAGUAUGUUGAGGACAGAUUAUCCUCUGAAUUUACAUGUCUGCCUUCCAUUUCAACUAUAUGAACACAGCGAGAAGUGUCUUGAUGGCUGCAGAAGUGUCUUCAUGGCAGAAUUCCUUUCUGCUGAGUUUACGUCUAAGGAUUGUAGCUCUAGCCUUUUACUUAAGCCCUGAGUAGUGAGCUCGGGAAUUUUGAUACUGGGAUUCAUCAGGAAAGGAUUCAAACUGUACUGAACCUUCCUUUCCUGUUCUUCCUGCCACCAGGCCUAAUAUGUCUCAUCCUUGAAGACUCUCAAAGACAGAAGGGCAUUCUUAUGAAGAUUACAAAAUUGUUUCUUCUCUUGUUCUUCUUUCUUAUGUCCUAUCUGGUUUCGUAAUGUUUUUCUUGCUCUAUCAUAAUCUUGAGGUCUUUUGCCAGUUUUUUUGCAAAUGUUCUGUGCAAAUAGUUCCACAUGUAGUUGUAUUUUCAAUGUAUUUGUGGGAGUAGAUGAGCCUUACAUCCUGCUACUCCACCAUCUCAGCCCUGUCCCUAAAUUGUUUCUUAAUAAAUAAGUUCCCUCUAAAGAGCAGGUCUCAAAAAAGAUAAUAACCUCUUUCAGGGGAUGUUUGGAAAGAUGCAGUAAUAAUAUAAGCAACUGUACUUAACGGUGCCGGUAUGAAGAAGGAAGGGCUUCGGAAAGGAUGCUCUUUGGUAGCCGAUGAAGCUCAGGCUUAGAGAAGUUAAGGUUCAGUUAAAAAGUAUCAAACCUACCAGUCUUUGCAACUGGAGAGCUUUUCCUGGACCACUUCUCUGUACUGUCACCACUUGAUUGCCUCACUGUCUGUCCCUAGGUAUUUUCAAUACAGCGAAAUGAAAUCCAGGCCAAUCUUUAGGGGCCUUGAGGAUUUUUGUUAACCAAAGAAAGGAAAACUAAUAAACGAAACACUUGGGCUUUGUGCGUGAACAGAGAGGUGGUUGUGUAGAUUUUAGAUGGAUAAUGCAUGUGUGGGCUGCCUGCACUUUGUUCCUGAUCUGGAAUUUCAUAUGCUUUAGACUUGCCCCUGGUAACUUUACCUUAACCAGUGUAAUACACCUUAAUUUAUCCAUGCAUUUUCAAUACCCCUAACUGAACAGUUUGUAACUAACUUGAGAGAAAAAAAACUCUUCUGCAAGAUUAUGUUGAAAUCAGAGGUUUAUUAAACUUUACAAUAUAACGCCUUAAACUGUAGCACUUUAAAAACAUCUGUUUCUGGCAAAUCACCGGAUGGUUAAUGCUUUCCUCGCACGUGUUGAUGUUUUACAAUUUUGUACUUAAUGAUUUAUUUGAAGUUUAAAAAUAGUAGUACUUGGUUUUAUAAGUCUGCCUAACAUCUACUUUUUAGUCUCAUCUUUAGCAUAAUUUUGAUGCUUUUAUUAAACUUUGAAUAUUAACCGA